AUUGAUAACUACGGCGUACUAUGCCCGUAACCAAAGACUAUUCUUUGCUGUAACCUAGGAGGCGCUAUCAUCUUUAAGUUUUAAAUACAUCAACAAGCCGCAACACCUGUGAUUACACAUGUUUAAAGGGACAUCUGUUAGGUUCCACAAUGUAUCUCUUAAAGAUAAAGGAAAUGUUGUAAGCUGUGUUUAUAAGCAGUGGUCCGUGUACAUUCUCUGAAAUGGAACGCAGUCACCAUGAAUGUUAGGUUGCUGGUCCUCGCAACGGCGAUAGUGCUUUGCAGCGCUGAACCACGAAAAUACGAUGGAUAUAAGCUACUUCGCAUCACCCCGACAAAUGAAAAUGAGAUCCAAAUGCUAACAAAACUGAAAUCAGUUAUUCAAGAUAAGGUAGAUUUCUGGAAAGACAUCCGCGCGACAGGAUCACCCGUGGACAUCAUGGUUCCUCCGCAAAUGGUAGCAACCGUGUUGGCCAUCACUAAAGAGUACAACUUGAUCGUUGAUAUCGUUAUAGAGGAUAUCCAGCCCCUCAUUGACGACCAGAUGCGUCACAGUCGUGAGAUGAGUGCUAAAGGAAUUAUUAUUCAGCUCGGUUCUGGAAGAAAUAAACCGAUUGUUUGGCUUGAGGGCGGCAUUCAUUCACGCGAAUGGGUUUCCCCAGCAACAAUGAUCUACAUGACCCAUGAGCUGGUUUCCAAUUACAAAAAAGACACCGAUAUCACCUCCAUGAUGGACUCAUUAGAUUUCUACAUUAUUCCGGUCUUCAAUGUUGAUGGAUAUCAUUACACAUGGAACGGCGAUCGUAUGUGGCGUAAAACACGUUCUCCCAACUCGGGUUCAUCCUGUGUAGGAACCGAUCCCAACCGUAACUGGGACUGGCAUUGGAGUGAGCCCGGUGCUAGCCGUUUCCCAUGCAACGAUGCAUAUUACGGAUCAAGUGCCUUCUCUGAGAUCGAAGUCAAGAGCGUCACCGAUUACAUGGCCAGCUUGAAGGACAUCCGUGUCUUCAUUGACUUCCAUGCCUAUUCUCAGAUGUGGAUGUCGACAUGGUCUUACACCAAGGACCUACCAAUAAGCAGUGACUACAAUGACCAGAUAAAUCUGCAAUCGAAGGCAGUUGAAGCUCUGACGGCCGUUUAUGGCACCAAGUAUACGCAUGGAACUGUUGCUAACACAAUCUAUGAAGCAUCUGGUUCCAGCAUAGACUGGGCGUACGGUAAACUCGGUAUCAAAUAUUCCUACGCCGUCGAGCUUCGUGAUACUGGCCUAUACGGAUUUACCCUUCCCGACAGAUAUAUCGAACCAACUGCCAUUGAAACGUUUGAAGCAGUCAAAGUGAUCGCUAAACAUGUUAUGUAGACCAUCCUUUUAGACUAGGGAAAUAUUCACACAAAUCUGAAAUCAAUCAGUGCGAUUUUUAUCUGAAUGAAAUUACAUCUCUCUAUGAAAAUAACAUACUCAAGUGAUAAAUGAAGAUUUAGGGUAGGCCUAUAUACUUAUAUAUAUAUAUAUUAUAUAUAUAUUGAUAUAUAUAUAUAUUAUUUAUAUUAAGGAAUAACAACAAGUUAAAUACAGUAAAUAUAAUAUUACAUGUG